CAAAUCGAUCAACAUUGUGGAACCGCUUCUUGCUGGUUCGCACAGGUUGCGAUACAUUCAAGUUAAAUAUUUAUGUUUACCAAUAGAAUUGGCCGCAAUAUGGAUCUUCUGGAAACGAAAUCAUCGUCCGUACCGGGUGAAGAUGUAAGCGACGAUGAGGCGUGCGUUUUACCGGCAGACACGAUGCUCAUCUUGCAGCAGUUUUUACAAGAGAAAGAAUUGAAGGAACGGUCUGAAAAAGCCGGAGCUGAGCCGGAAGGAUGCUUUGAGGAAAACUGGCAAUUGAGUCAAUUUUGGUAUAACGAAGAAACGAAACAAAAGCUCUCUCUUCUAGUGAGAAGAGUGCAAGAGGAAACGAUUUCAGAACCGUUUCGAGUCGCGUUGCUUUCGGCGCCUUCGGCAUUCAAGCACGUGGUCAAUGAAAAUAAGCAAGCAAUGCUGUUUGAGUUUGAUGAAAGAUUCGCAUCGUAUGGGGAUAAUUUUCAACAGUAUGACUACAACAGGGCUUAUGAUACGGGUUAUAUGGACGCGUUUGCCGAUCAAUUCGACCUCAUCAUUGCUGAUCCACCGUUCCUGUCCGAGGAGUGCAUUGAAAAGAUCGGAGUAAUUGUGAAAAAAAUCUCAAAGAAAGACGCAAAAAUUGUUCUUUGCUCGGGGGCUGUAGUACAGGAAUGGGCCAAGAAAUAUCUUGGAGUUAGCUUGUGCCAAUUCCGACCAGAACAUGAACGAAAUUUGGGCAACGAAUUUCGUUCGUACGCGAAUUUCGAUUUAGAUUCUAUGCUGAAUAAAGGAUGUUGAGUGGAUUGUUAA